GCUACGCGGUCCUUUCGGAAGAAAUGUCCCCCUGCGGUACUGAAAGUUGUAACUUUUGCAAGACUUGUGACAUGAAGUAGGACAACCAGCGUUUUGAAGAGCUCCGUCAUAAAUACAGCUGUUCUCUCAGAACACUGGCGGAUUUACCAGCGAGUUCCCAAAGCCUGCUCGAAUCAGAACCUGUAAACUUUCCAAAAGCUUCAUAAUGGAGUUCUUAGUAUCUAAAGGAGAUUAUAUUAGAUAUUUGAAAAGAUCUUUAUUGCUGGUUUUAGUAUGUGUAAUAGUUCUUGUGUGCACUGAUCAGGACUACUACAGUUUACUUGGAGUAUCCAAAGAAGCAAGUAGUCGAGAAAUACGACAAGCGUUCAAAAAAUUGGCAUUAAAGUUGCACCCUGAUAAAAAUCAGAAUGAUCCAAAUGCACAUGAAAAUUUUUUGAAAAUAAAUAGAGCCUAUGAAGUACUUAAAGAUGAAGAUUUACGGAAGAAGUAUGAUAAAUACGGAGAGAAAGGUCUUGAAGAUCAGCAGCAAGGAGGUCGUUAUGAAAGCUGGCACUUUUAUCGCUAUGAUUUUGGUAUUUAUGAUGAUGAUCCUGAAAUUAUAACAUUGGAUAGAGGAGAAUUUGAUGCUGCUGUUAACUCAGGAGAACUGUGGUUUGUGAAUUUUUAUUCUCCUCGAUGCUCCCACUGCCAUGAGUUAGCACCUACGUGGAGGGAGUUUGCUAAGGAGAUGGAUGGAGUAAUACGCAUUGGAGCUGUCAACUGUGGAGACAAUAGAAUGCUUUGUCGAAUUAAAGGGAUUAACAGUUACCCCAGUCUGUAUGUUUUUAAAACUGGAAUGCAACCAGUGAAAUAUUAUGGAGACAGGUCAAAAGAGAGCUUAAAGAACUUUGCCGUGCAGUAUGUUACAAGCACAGUCACUGAGUUAUGGGCAGGGAACUUUGUUAAUGCCAUUGAAACUUCAUUUGCUUCUGGCGUUGGUUGGCUGAUCACCUUCUGUGCUGAACGUGGGGAUUGCUUGAGUUAUCAAACACGCCUUAAGCUAGCUGGCAUGUUGGAAGGUCUUGUUAAUGUAGGCUGGAUGGACUGUGGCACCCAGGGUGAGCUUUGUGAUAAUUUAGAUAUCUCAUCUAGUACUACAGCAUACUUUCCACCUGGAGCCACCAUAAAUAACAAAGAGAAAGGAGGUGUUUUGUUUCUUAACUCCUUGGAUGCCAGAGAAAUAUAUCAGGAAGUAAUGCAGCAUCUGCCAGACUUUGAAAUGAUCUCUGCAGCAUCAUUAGAGGACCAUCUGGCUCACCAUCGAUGGCUGCUCUUCUUCCAGUUUGGGGAGAAUGAUAAAUCAAAUGUACAGGAAUUUAAGAAACUUAAAUUUUUACUUAAAGAUGAACAUAUUCAGGUUGGCAAGUUUGACUGUCUUUCCUCACCACCCAUCUGUAACAAACUAUAUGUCUAUCAGCCUUGUUUAGCAGUCUUCAAAGGAAAAGGAACUGGAGAUUAUGAAAUUCAUCAUGGAAAGAAGAUCUUAUAUGACAUUGUUGCAUUUGCCAAAGAAAGCGUCAACUCUCAUGUUAUCACACUGGGACCUCAGAAUUUUCCUGACAAAGAAAAGGAACCAUGGCUUGUGGAUUUCUUUGCACCGUGGUGUCCUCCUUGUCGAGCUUUGUUACCAGAGCUGAGAAAAGCAUCAAAACAUCUUUAUGGUCAACUGAAAUUUGGAACACUGGACUGUACUGUCCAUGAAGGGCUUUGCAACAUGCAUAACAUUCGAGCUUAUCCAACAACAGUUGUGUUCAAUCAGUCUGAUGUUCAUGAAUAUGAAGGACAUCACUCUGCUGAGCAGAUCUUGGAGUUUAUAGAGGAUCUUAGGAAUCCAUCAGUGGUCUCCCUAACACCAGAGACAUUUGUUGAAUUAGUUCAGAGAAGAAAACGAGAGGAAAUCUGGAUGGUUGACUUCUACGCUCCGUGGUGUGGACCUUGUCAGGCUUUAAUGCCAGAAUGGAAAAAAAUGGCCAGGAUGUUAAAUGGAUUAAUCAGUGUAGGCAGUGUGGAUUGCCAAAAAUAUUAUUCUUUCUGUCACCAAGAAAAUGUUCGGGGAUAUCCUGAAAUAAGACUUUUUCCUCAAAAAUCAAACACAGCUCAUCAAUAUUAUAGCUACAAUGGAUGGCACAGAGAUUCAUAUUCACUGAGAGGCUGGGCAUUGGGAUAUUUACCACAAGUGACUGUAGACCUGACUCCUCAGAGUUUCACAGACAAAGUUCUGAAUGGAAAAGAUCACUGGGUCAUUGAUUUUUAUGCUCCUUGGUGUGGGCCUUGCCAAAAUUUUGCUCCUGAAUUUGAGAUCCUUGCAAGGACUGUUAAAGGAAAAGUAAAAGCUGGAAAAGUAGACUGUCAGACAUAUGCUCAGACCUGUCAAACUGCUGAUAUCAGAGCCUACCCUACCGUUAAGUUUUACCCCUAUCAAGGAACAAAGAAAAAUAGUCUUGGCGAAUAUAUAGACAGCAGAGAUGCAAAAGGUAUUGCUGACCUUUUGAAUGAAAAAUUAGAAGCAAUUCAAAAUAAAGGAAAAAGAAAAAAAUCUAGAAAUAAGGAUGAACUCUAGGUGGUACUGGAGGUAGAUAUGAUUCAAAAUAUUCUGAAGCUGUGAAUAUAGAAGACACCACAAGGAAAAUAUAAGGCUGGUGACAUUCAUGACAGGACAAGAGAGAUGAAAACUAGUUUGAGUUCAUGAGCAGAUGUGACUGUAUGAAUUCUGUUUAAAUUGUGGGGAGAUGAAAACAUUUUGGUUUUGGUGGAGGCAUUCAAUGUUUCUGCAAAUGAAUUCUGCAUGUCCCUUCUUCUGAUACACCAACUACCUUCUUCCUAGUCAAAUGUUGGAAUUGACCAGAAAUGUGGGCUGUAUCACUUUUGCCUACCCAUUAACUAGUUCCUUGUAUUUUUCUGUCUCCUUUCAAACACUUCUUAAAUGUGGCACUCAGCCUAUGGCUGAAUAUGCACUCAAACCACUCUGCAAUGCAGAAACACAAUGAGGGAUUGUCUGUUUGAAAGACAAACAGUUUUACCUGGUGAUUAUUCUGCUUUGGGUUUGCAUCAUUGUCUAGUCAAUUAUUAAGAAAUAAAAUCAAGAACUGGUAGCAGGAUAGGUUUAUUGAAUUACAUUGUUCCUGCCCUUGAGUGGAUUACUAUAUUGUGGCACUGGUGGUGAUGCCUGGAUGAACAGAACUUUGAAGAGCUUCUUUGGUUGUUUGGUUUGUGUUUUUUUUUAUUUUCUUUUUUAACAAAUCAAAAAAAAAAAAUCAAGGACUCCAAACUCAGUGUUUCAUUGACUUUCAAAAUUUAAGUUAAGUUAUGCCAUAGAAGCAUCUGCUUAAGUUAUUAGGUCAUAACUUUAUUAUUGUCUUUUUAAACAUUGAUGUAUUCUGUGGACAUAUUUAACCUCUUUUGGUAUUACCACUUUUCCUUUCUCUACAGACAUGUUUUGGGGGUUUUGUUUGUUUUUUUAAUAUAAUCUUUAGGCAAGCAAGAUAGCAAGUGCCUUUUCUAAUUUAAUAAUGAACACUGUACAUUGCAAUGUCUCCUCAUACAUCUUAAUAGAAUUCCCACUCUUUAGAGUAAUAUUUUUCAUAGCUUCUCAAUAGACAAGAAAAACUACAGAAGACAACAAAAUGUCUGUGGCAUUUAAGAGUUCAACAUUGAAAUGUUUCAUGUUUUCAAUAAAAUGUUGCUGAGAACUUG